GCCCACCAGCCUGAUGCCUGCCUGGAGGUUCCUGUUCCUGAUCUGGGUGGUGGUGAAGGCUUCCCAGGCCUGUCCCUCACCCUGCACCUGCCAGGCCUUGGAGACGAUGGGGCUGAGGGUCGACUGCGAGGGACAGGGGCUUACAGCCCUACCUGCCUUGCCAGCCCACACUCGCCAACUCCUGCUGGCCAACAACAGCCUGCGCUCAGUGCCCCCGGGUGCGUUUGACCACCUGCCCCAGCUGCAGCACCUGGACGCCACGCAGAACCCCUGGCACUGCGACUGCAGCCUCGCCUAUCUGCGACUCUGGCUGGAGGAUCGCAUGCCCGAGGCCCUUGUGCACAUCCGCUGCACCAGUCCUGACCUGGCCGCCCACCGCCCGCUGGGCCAGCUGACAGGCUACGAGCUGGGAAGCUGCGGCUGGCAAUUGCCGGCAUCCUGGGGAUCCCCAAGGUUCUGGUGGGAUAUGGCUUUGGUGGCUGUAGCUGCGCUGGGCCUGGCUCUCCUGGCUGGCCUGCUGUGUACUUCUAGAGAGCCCAUGACCGUGACAUAAGCCAGGCAGCCAGGCCCAGGGCAGUCUCCCAGGCCCACAGCCCUGGUCAGCCCAAAGUGAGGCCGAUGAGCACCUUCGUGUGAGAGCAAAAAACAUUACUUGUGCCUCAGGACUGAGUCUGGCCCCUUCUUGAAGGUGGGUUCAUUUUGUUUUAACAAAAUACAGGCCACAGUGACUCUAUUGCUCCCAUUUCCCACCACCUCUGGGUCCUAGGACUCCGGCUCUCACAGACUC